AUGGCUUACAACGUAUCUGAAGAAGGCGCAUAUGCGGUCCUCUUCACCGUUCUUUGUUUGUUUGCGCUAAUUGCCUUUGCCUCGGCUGAUUUCUUUGGCAAAUGCCUUGGAAACGCAAACAAUCUUUUCGUCUUGAAACAAGAUGACGAAGAAGGAACUGUCGAUGAAGACGGCAAGCACGUCAACAACAAUCGCAAGGCCGAUUUCUUCUUGUCCGCAAGAGAUUCCGCGCCUGCUUCUGCCAUUGCUUUGUCUUACUUUGCCUCUGGAAUGGGUGCUUGGGUGUUGUAUGGACCCGCCGAAAUGGGAGCCAACGCACAAAUUGGUUGGCUCGGUGUGAUUGGAUACGCCUUUGCUUCUUCCGCCCCUGCCGUUGUUGUGUUUACAAUUGGACCUUUGAUCAAGGAACGCUGCUUGGAUAAGUCGUUCAAUGUUACUGACUUUGGACGACAACGUUACGGACGUACAAUGCAAUUUACGAUUGCUGUCUUCAGCAUCUUUUACAUGUUUGUCUACAUGGUGGCCGAGUACACUUCUAUUUCCAACAUUUAUGGAAGCUUUGUUACCAAUCCAGUCUACGAGUUUGAUCCAAUGACUGUUUCCGUCGCCAUUGGUGUCAUUACUAUCUUGUACACCUCUGUUGGUGGACUUCCCGCUUCCAUCAUCACCGACAAGUUCCAAGGCAUCAUGGUUGGUCUUCUUGUCAUUAUGCUUCUUUUUGCCGUGAGCGUCCACCCCGAAAACCAGCUCACUGUAGAACAAUGGGGCAAGGCUUCCAACUGGACUGUUGAAGGAUUGAUGGCUGGUAUCACUCUGUUCAUCGCCGUCUUGAGCGCCGAAAUGUUCAACUUGGGAACCUGGCAACGUGUUUGGUCCGCCAAGAGCGAGUCCGAUAUGAAGAAAGGAUUCAUUGGUGGAUCCGUCCUCAUUUUCUUGCUGAUGAUGUUCUUUGGCAUCAUGGCCAUGAUUGCCUACGCACAAGACCCUGUCGCAUACGAUACUUGGACUAAGUUUUCAUUCUUGUCGUUUUUCGACCUCUUGGCACCCUUGGCUCCUGCUUGGCACAUUAUCACCCUAAUCUUGGUGACUUCACUUGCUGCCAGCAGUGUCGACACCUUGCAAAACGCACUCAUGUCCAGUUUCUCGUCCGACUUGAUCCGUUUGCAAAAGCACUAUGGAUUCAACGAGGAGGCUCCCAAGUGGAUUGCCCGCGUGUUGAUUCUACUUCUCAAUAUCCCCGCCAUCUACUUGGGUGCAAAAGCAUAUGAUGUCCUGUCGCUAUUCUUGAUUGCCGAUUUGGUCUGCGCUUGUGCCGUGCUUCCCGUCUUCUUUGGAUUAAUGACCGAAGACAAGGGACCCAUUGCUGCCCCAACCGAGUUGGGUGCCUUUUUGGGUACUGUUUGCGGAAUCUUCACAGUCGUUGUCAUUGGUGUCGUCGUGGAAGCUGAAGGUGGUCUCUUUGAUUACUUUUGGUUGGAAAAUGAUGCCAUUUGCGCCCUCUGUGGAUCCAAAACCAUGAUUACGUUUAUUGUCACUCCCAUCUCAGCUGGAUUCUUCUGCUUGUUCUUCUCCAAGUUGGAUGUCUUGAUCCGUGGAGAAGAAUCUGCCCGCAAGCCCAUGCUUACAUUUGCUGGUGAGAUCCCCGAAGACGAGAAGCUCGAUGAGGACAACAAUAAAGAUGAUGAUAACAAUAAGGAAGAGGAAGCCGCCAAGGAACCCAAGCAGGAACCCGUUGAGGAAACUGCUGCUGGAGUCUAG